AGGAGGAGGCAGCGGAGGGGAAGGUGCGCGAGAGCGGGAGAGAGAGAGGCGGCGCUUCCUCUGCUGCUGACAAAAGAGCCAGGAGACGGCGGGCCUGGCCGGAGGGGUUUGCCAAAAUGCUUUCAGAUUCCUAAAUUACUCUGAGCCAGAAGUCUUUAGAGAUCAAGCCAUCCUAAGAGCAGCAGGAACAGCAAGAAGGACACGGUGCCAAUGCAGCAACAAAAAAGACAGCCAGAGCUAGUGGAAGGACAUCUUCCCGUCUUUGUGUUUCCCACCGAACUUAUAUUUUAUGCUGAUGACCAGUCAACGCACAAACAGGUGUUGACUCUCUAUAAUCCCUAUGAAUUUGCCUUAAAAUUCAAAGUUCUUUGUACAACUCCAAACAAAUAUGUUGUUGUGGAUGCUUCGGGUGCAGUGAAGCCUCAGUGCUGUGUUGAUAUAGUGAUUCGACAUCGAGAUGUCCGGCCUUGCCACUAUGGCGUGAUAGACAAAUUUCGGCUCCAGGUCUCUGAGCAAAGCCAGAGGAAAGCAUUGGGACGGAAAGAAGUCAUUGCUACGCUGCUUCCCACAGCAAAAGAGCAGCAGCAGAAGGAAGAGGAGGAAAAGCGGAUAAAGGAACAUCUGACUGAAAGUGUCUUUUUUGAGCAGACGUUGUGUCAGCCGGAAAACAGAAUUGCCUCAUCGGGGCCUAGUUUACUCACAGUCUUCCUGGGAAUAGUGUGCAUUGCAGCUCUCAUGCUUCCCACAUUGGGAGAAAUGGAUUCUCUGGUGCCUCUCUACCUCCAUUUAAGUGUGAAUCAAAAGUUAGUAGCUGCUUAUGUAUUAGGUCUCAUCACCAUGGUUAUCCUGAAAACAUGAGUGAUAAUUUAAUUGGAUGUCAAGAUUCUUCUUUUUUAAAAACUGUGUUAUAAAUUCACAUCAUGAAUGUGGACUGCCUUUGACUCCCAUUUGGCUCAUUAAGAGGCUACAGAAAAAUAAUUCAAUGAUUUACCUUUUUUUAAACUAUGUUUUAACUAUGUUUAACUGAAAAGACUCAAGCACUCAGAGGUGCUUCUGUUAACAGACAGCUAUAAAUUGUUCAGUAAGGAUAUCUGUGAAAUGAAUCUGGAGAAACUUUUAUAUCUACGCCUACUGUACAAAAAAAUAUUAAAGUAAUAUUCUGUUGUUUUUAAAUUCAUGUUCACAUCUGUGUUUGAUCACCAAAAGAGCCGGCAGUCCCGUCUGCAAUGUUCAUUUGUCUACUCCAUGCCUGUAAGUAUUGCAGUUAGUGCUAAACGACUUUAUGUACAGAUAUAUACCAGGAUGGCCGAACAUCAUACAGAACUGAACAUCUGGCAGCGAAAGCUUUAAAGAAACGAAAAAGGCAGUAUCGUGUUUACAUAGGGAACUAGUCCAUUCAUACAUCCUUCACCAACGUGGGACACAGGGCUUUUACUCAUCUGCAGUACCUGUUUAUGUCAAAUAUAAUUGCCUCAAUAACUGCACAUUGAUGCUUACCUUGAAAACAUCCAGCAAGGAAGAGCUGGCUAUAAAUCCACUCAAUGGAGGGUGGGUUGGGGGGGUGGGAUGGAGACUUAACAUUCCCUUGAUUGGUACUGUCUACCUGAUUAUGUAUACAUUGUAUAGCAACAAAAACAAAGCCUCUAUCAACGUGUGUAAUUAAAAUAUGUGCUUGAUGUCCUUUUGCAAAAAA